CGGCAAUUCACGCUCCGGGGGUAUUCCGGCAGUUUAUCCAGGAUGGGAGGCUUAGUCUGGGGAAUGUCGUGUAACUGACGGUGCUGUAAAGAGUUAUAAACCAGGAAGGUCAUCCCAUCGCCGUCGCUUCGCCAAGCUCGCUGCUCCGCCGUCAAACUGUCUCUCCCCCCCUUGCCCCCUGAAUCCCAGCCUGCAACGCUGAUCGAGCGUCUCCCUUUCCAAAUUCCCUCGAGGCUCCCGACAACUGACCCAAGAAAAUAAAGGUCUCAACGCAGAACGCGAUGCUGUGGACCGCCCUCAUCGCGCUUUCGGCGUUCGCUGAGGCGGCGCCAGCGCCGAAUCCCCAGUUCGGCGGCGGCAUGGGCCAGAUGACCAUGCUGCGGUUCGGAUGCUCCCAGAUCGUCAUUGACCGGAUAGACCCCCUCGUCAACCCGGGCCAGAUGCCCUCGCCGCACAUCCACCAGAUCGUGGGCGGCAACGCUUUCAAUGUGACCAUGCCAACCGACGAUGUCUCGCAACACGCCAGCUGCACGACGUGCGCCUUUGCCGACGACUUCUCCAACUACUGGACUGCCAACCUGUUCUUCAAGGCCCGCAAUGGCAGCUAUAAGCGGGUCCCGCAGGGCGCUGCUGCGUUCCAAUUCAACGAUCGGUUCAGCACGCAGACAGAUGGCGGUAUCCUGGUCUACUAUGUGUCUGCGCAGCCCGGCAGUAUCACUGCCUUCAAGCCUGGUUUCCGCAUGCUCGUCGGCGACCCCAACAUGCGGUCCCGGCCCGACCAGAGCCUCAGGCGGCAGAACUGCUACCGGUGCUACACCGGCCCCAACUUUGGCGGCGACACCGCGGCACCGUGCCAAGGCACCAUCGACACUGAGAAGCUGCCCGCUGCCCCUUGCCCAGGCGGCAUCCGCUCCAACAUCCACUUCCCUACCUGCUGGGACGGCAAGAACCUCGACACGCCCAACCACCAAGACCACGUCGCCUACCCGGUCAACGGGCCCGCGACCUUCCUCAGCCUGGGCGGCAACUGCCCGGCCUCCCACCCGGUGCGGAUCCCGCAGCUCAUGUACGAGGUCGUGUGGGACACGACCAAGUUCAACAACCGGGCCGAGUGGCCGGCCGACGGUUCGCAACCCUUCGUGCUCAGCACGGGCGACCCCACGGGCCUGGGCCAGCACGGCGACUACGUCUUUGGCUGGAAGGGCGACUCGCUGCAGCGGGCCAUGGACACGGCGGGCUGCUUCGGCGCCCAGUGCGCCAACCUGCGCACGCAGACCAUCGAUGCUGCCAAGCGCUGCGCGGUUAGGCAGUCGGUUAAGGAGAACUAUGAUCAGUGGCUCGACAAGCUCCCGGGUGUCAUGUAGAUAAAUAAGAGACGACAUGGAGAGCCGUGCAGGGACGUAGAAGGUGGUGCGGAGGAGGUGUAUUAUUCACAAGGAGACGCUCAUUUCUAGAAUGUUGCAUCAGCUUGAAGUUAUUAAGAAGGCCCAUCCAACACUUAACACAGUCAAACAAGAAGGCACUUGAUCCGAUCUUGGCAGUUUCCCUACUCUAGCCGCGUGCAAGUUCACUUUUUCAUGGUAGACUUACUAGUUAAGAAGCCGGUUACUCAUAUCAUUUAACCAUGAUAGCAUGAUUGUAAGAGAGUCUAUUGACCAAUGCCAUAAUUGCAUGGUCUGAGGCAGCAGAGGCCUGGUGAGGAUAAACCAUGCUUGGGCA